AUGAUAGGUUACAAUAAUUACAAUAAUCAGGGUUACAACAAGCUCUUCACUCAGGGCUCUGCUGAUUCUAACUAUUCCCAACCUUCAUCGGAUCUAUCACUUGACGAAGAGAAAGAGACACUGCGAAGAGAAAAGGAACGACAAGCACUUAGUCAACUUGAAAAAGCAAGGACGAAACCGGUAGCGUUCGCUGUCAGGACCAAUGUUGCCUAUGAUGGCUCCGUUGACGAUGACUCUCCAGUCCAUGGAUACGCUAUUUCCUUCGAAAUUAGAGAUUUUUUACAUAUUAAGGAGAAGUACGACAACAACUGGUGGAUCGGCCGUUUGGUCAAAGAAGGCUGCGACAUCGGCUUCAUCCCCUCCCCGGUCAAGUUGGAGAACCUGCGAUUGCAGCAGGUGCAGACGAGGACCACGAAGCUAUACUCGAGCAAAACCAGCUCGAGUUCGAACAUCGGCGCUUCCGCCGGUAACGAUGUUUCCAGAGGUAGCACUCCUCCCACGCCCGGGGACGAAUCCGAUUCUAUGGGCAACACUAGGCAGGGCAAAUCGCUCACCACACCCCCGGCGAAAGAGAAAAAGAAGCCGUUUUUCAAAAAGCAAGAAGCGACCGCCCCCUAUGACGUAGUUCCUUCCAUGCGACCCGUAGUGUUAGUCGGUCCUUCCCUGAAAGGAUACGAAGUCACAGAUAUGAUGCAAAAAGCCUUAUUUGAUUUUUUAAAACAUAGGUUCGAAGGAAGAAUAAUUAUAACUAGGGUAAUGGCGGAUAUAUCUUUGGCGAAGCGAUCUCUUCUAAAUAACCCAUCGAAAAGGGCAAUAAUGGAACGGUCGACGACGCGAUCUACAUGUCUGUCGGAAGUGCAGGCGGAAAUCGAACGGAUAUUCGAGCUGGCGACUACCUUACAACUAGUGGUGCUGGAUUGUGAUACUAUAAACCAUCCUUCGCAACUUGCCAAAACUUCUUUAGCUCCUUGUAUUGUCUAUCUUAAAAUUAGUAGUCCUAAGGUUUUGCAAAGGCUUAUAAAAUCAAGAGGAAAAAGCCAAGCUAGGCACUUAAAUGUUCAAAUGGUCGCUUCAGAAAAGCUAGCUCAAUGUCCGCCUGAAAUGUUCGACGUAAUUUUAGACGAGAACCAGCUGGAAGACGCUUGUGAACACAUAGCAGAAUAUUUGGAGGCUUACUGGAGAGCUACACAUCCAGAAAUAAGCGUUCCAAAUGUUGCUAGACCAAUGGGGAGUUCUCCUCAGGCUUCGCCAAGUGGGGACCAAGGAAGACCCACGUUGCCAGCGCACCAUGAAGUUUACGGAUAUGGUCACCAUGAAUCUCGAGUUCCGACUUUCCAUUCAGGCCACACCCGAAGCAUACGAGGCAGAUUAGAAAGAGAGCGCGAAUACGAAGAAUACUCGGAUAGAGAAUUGAACACCCACGUUUCCCACGAUGACUAUAGAGAGCGCAUCCCCACCUCGAGGUCGCGCGACGAGGAGUUCACCAGCCACAGAGGAGCUUCCAGACGCGCUCUCAACGCCAUCUAG